CUCAGCUGUGUGCGUGACUAAGGGUGUGUGAGGGGCCGAGCCGACGCAACCUAUCAGCGGUCAGCUUAGCAAGGCAUUCGAGGUACCACGAUGAAGUGCAUGCUGACCCCCCUGAGCCGCUGGGCCACGCCCACCCUCAGCCGCGCCGUUCAUUCCGGGAUGCGCUCGUCCUCGACGGCGGCGUCUCGCACUAAACGCGACGAGAGGCCGCUCUCAUCUGAGGAGGUUUUCUCCAGAGAGGCGCGAUACGGCGCUCACAACUACCACCCGCUCCCUGUCGCCCUGAGCAGAGGACAGGGAGUUCACGUGUGGGAUGUUGAAGGCCGUCGAUAUUUCGACUUCCUGAGCGCGUACAGCUCCGUAAAUCAGGGUCACUGCCACCCGAAAAUCGUGGCCGCUCUGACCGGACAGGCCUCCAGACUCUCACUGACCUCCAGAGCCUUCUACACUGACGUGCUGGGGGAGUACGAGGAGUACGUCACCUCUCUGUUCGGCUACAACAAAGUCCUGCCUAUGAACACGGGUGUUGAAGCCGGAGAGACGGCAUGUAAGCUGGCACGCAAGUGGGCGUAUAAUGUGAAGGGCGUUCCGCGGUACCAGGCCAAGAUCGUCUUCGCGGAGGGGAAUUUCUGGGGUCGUACCUUGGCAGCCAUUUCCGCCUCGACUGACCCCAGCAGCUACGACGGGUUUGGACCGUUCAUGCCCGGGUUCGAGCUUGUGCCCUACAACGACAUCCCGGCUCUGGAGAAAGCUCUUCAGGACCCUAACGUUGCUGCGUUCAUGGUGGAGCCCAUCCAGGGGGAAGCGGGCGUUGUGAUACCUGACGCAGGCUAUCUGCGCAAAGUGCGCGAACUCUGCACCAAAAACAAUGUUUUGUUUAUCGCAGACGAGGUGCAGACGGGCUUGGCUCGUACGGGACGCAGGCUGGCUGUAGACCAUGAGGACGUGCGGCCGGACCUGGUGUUGUUGGGAAAAGCUCUGUCUGGAGGGAUGUACCCUGUGUCUGCAGUGCUGUGUGAUGAUGAGGUGAUGCUGACGAUUAAACCAGGUGAGCACGGCUCCACCUACGGAGGAAACCCCCUCGCCUGCAGAGUCGCCAUCACCGCCCUACAGGUGUUGGAGGAGGAGAAGCUGGCGGAGAACGCGGCAAAAAUGGGGAAGAUUUUGAGGGCGGAGCUCGACAAGCUGCCCAAAGAGGUCGUCGCACUGGUGCGAGGGAAGGGUCUCCUCAACGCCCUGGUCAUCAAGGAGACUAAAGAUUACGACGCCUGGCGAGUGUGCUUGCGUCUCCGUGACAACGGGCUGUUAGCCAAGCCCACUCACGGCCACAUCAUCAGGCUGGCCCCGCCCCUCACUAUCAAGGAAGACGAGAUCAGGGAGUGCGCGGAGGUCAUCCAGAGGACCAUCCUGUCCUUUUAAAAGUCUCGCGAUCGGCGAUUCAAAAAUCACGGUUAAUUCUGAAACCCCAUGAGUAACAGACGAGUGUUUAAACUGAGGACGUGUAUAAAUGUGUGUGUGUGUGUGUGUGUGUGUGGGAGGGGCUGUUUAUUUUAGGCUGAGCCUAGUUCUGACCUCAGACUUUUUUUUUCCAUGUAAAAAAGGACUUUGUUUAGUCUAGGACUAAUGUAGAGAUCAAAGAAAUGUUUUACUGAGCAUGAAAGUGCUGGUUAUUUUACUUUCUGUUGAAAAAUCAAAACAUAAGCAUUGAUUAGGAUAAACUGUGAUUAGAAAAAAUCUGAAAUGUUAAUGUCCGCUUUAUCACACCGAGUCGGGUGUCAUAAAGCGAAUGAACAGCAGAUAUGCUAAUGCAAGUGAUUAGCCUCCGGAUUAGCAUCCUGUAUAAAAGCGCGCGAUCUUAGCCGCUCGGCCUCGUAGUGCUAAAGCUGAAAAAGCAAAUGUGAUCCAGUGCUCGCUCGUAUCUCACGUUGGCUUAAAACGUGUUUUACUUCACACAUUGGAACAAACGGCAAUGAAGGAAUCCAACUGAAGAUCUUCUAGAGUCCUGAACUAAAGUAACGAUUAGGAUCAAACCGUUUCGUCUGAAUAAGCUGGCUAGGGUUUUGCACAGAACUGCUAAUGAAGAACUGUAUUUACUGCUCCGAGAGGAGAGUUUGUUAGGAACUGACAACGCUUUAGAAAAAAAAAACAAUCAGCUUUCGCUUAGUCUUGUCGAAAAAGACUUUGUUUUUGUUUGUUUGUUUGUUUUUGUAACCAAAACUCUUAGUUUUAUUUACAAAAAAAAAAAAUCAGCUAAAUCUGCAGAUCGUUUUAUUUUUUUAGGCUGUAAAAAAAAUUUCACAAAUUGGUUAAUGUUGCGUCCGCUGGGUAUCGUCACUCCCGGACAUUUAGAAAAGAACGUCACGUUCCCGUCUUUAAUGUCUAAUGAGAAUUAUAAUCAUUAUUCAGCUCAGAUCUGCACCGCGUUCACCUUUUACCCAGCGUGGCUCUCGUAGCUAACAAACGACAGAAGCCUCGGGUUUGACCCACCUUUGGACUUUAUUGCUGCAGCGACGUCGUGUCCCGCAGGAAGGUUUCUAGUAACGAGUCGUCAGUGUGAGUCUCCGCCUCCUGGAGCUAAAAGUCACUCAACGAGACGUCCGUAUACUCCUGUAGACUUCAAACGUCUCUCUCUCUCUCUAGAGGGCGGAGCCAAUAAUUUAAUAAUUAAUCAAUAGUUUUAAAGACUUUCAGAGUUCUCUGUGUUUGUUUGCAUAUUUAAGCCACAUGACACGCCCACACUUUAAAAGAUGAACUGUUACAUGGUUGUCUUGCCGGAGUGGGCGGAGUCAGUCACAGGGGCACACUGAUGACAUCAGACGGGUGUGGACAAUCAAAAAAAAAAAUGGUGGUGCGGUAAAACGGUUCGAGAGCUGCGUGAGGGGAGACCGGUGUUGUUUUUGUGUCGUUUCUGAUUCUAAUUUUCAUACGUUUUUAGGAUAAAAACCUGACACACACACACACACAACACGUAUGCACGCGUCACCUGGAGGUUUAAAAAUCUCACAGUAAUGUUACAAACCUUCUGAUGAUUUGGAAGGACGGUCAAGUUAAAUCACGUUACUGAGAACGGUACGGUACUGCACUAUAAUUUAUACUGCUGAUGGAAUGUGUGUAAAGUGGGCGCUAUGCUGGAGUGUGUGUGUGUGUGUGUGUGUGUGUGUGUGUGUAUCGCUGAGUUGUAUGUAUUACCACUUGAAUGCUGUUCGAAAAUGAAUCAGUGUGAAAUUUAAAUCUAGUUUAAAGUUAAAAUGCCCUGUUCUUGGAAAAAUAAAGCAGAUUAUUGAGAAA